AUCGAGCCUAAAAGGUGUGGAAAUGCACCGUUCAAAGCCAUAAAAUAGCUGUACUUGUGCUGAAAUGACAGACAUGCAGAUGCGAUUCAACACAAAACGCAUUGCAGUUGCGCUGUGUAUUUGUUCUAUAGUUGUCACCAUUCUGUUGCUGUACAACUGGAGGCCAAGACACCAUCACAAGAAUCCUUUCGAAAUAGAUAUCUAUGACGACGGCGAUUACGAUGAAGACGCAAAGGAUGCUAUUUUAAGACAACAUUUGAUAGAUUACCCCGUCUUCAAUGUUAAAGUGCAGAAAGAAUUGCUGCAACCACCUGCCAUCGUUCCUCAGAUCCUGGUAAGAAAAAUGGAGCCUAUCCUCAUUACAUCAUCCAUGUCUGAUGCCGAGGUGGAGAAUAAUUUCUUCAGGUAUAUUGAGACAAAAGAUGUAAUCUGUAAGAAUGACAAGCGUCUUGGAUUCCAACAUGAUGGAGGGUACAACGUCUGCUUUGCUCCUCCCUUUGGCCUCAGGAAGCCUUGUAUAGUGUACUCAUUUGGAAUAUAUGAUGACUGGAAUUUUGAUGAUGCUGUGUCCAAGAUCUACAAAUGCAAUGUGUUUUCCUUUGACCCUUCAAUCUCCCAGCCAGACCACAACAGGAGUGCACUGGUAAAGUUUCAGAGAAUUGGCAUCGGAACCAAAAAUGAAGUCACUAGAAAGGGCUGGACGCUAAAAACACUGGGAUCUAUUUUAGGAAGUAACCAUCAUGAAAAGUCGGUCAUUGAUUACCUGAAGUUUGAUAUUGAGUUUAAUGAGUGGGCAGUCCUGCUGGCACUCAGUGAGGAAGGAGCUCUGUGGAACGUCAAGCAGAUCGGCUUUGAAAUACACACAAGAGAGUUGUUUCGUCAAAGUGAACCUUUACAAAGAACAACCACCAAAGAAGAUUACAUUCGGAUGUUUAAGAUCCUCAAGACAUUGGAAAAGAUGAACUUUAAACAGUUUAACUAUAGACUGAACCCCUUCGGAAUGUUCAAGUCCAAGGUCACUAAUGUGUCAAGGUCAUGUUGUUAUGAUAUUCAUUUUAUGAAUAUGAACUUUGUCAAAAAGAAUUAUACAAUUGUUGAAAGCUGAUAUUUCGAAAUUCGUAUUAGUUUAGUUAUGUUUCAAUAUGCCAUUCCAAAGACAAUUAUUACAAUUGUUUUGUUAUAAUCAAUGCUUUCCGCAGUUGUGUAUUGUGGUAAUUUCUGAAGUGUAAGGCUGUGUAUUAUUGUUAGUUGAGAAAUUACAAUCAAGGUUGUGAGAAAAGCCAAUUUAUUUUGUUGAAAAUGGCAUUUAUUUUCUAGGUGUUUUAUAUAUAUAAUUAUCCAUAGGAAAACUAUUAUGCACCUUAUGUAGAUAAUUAUCUAGUUAUUUAAGUGGUUUUUUUUUUUUAGAUUAGAUGAAAAAAGCCCUCUCCUAUCCUUGCCAAAGUAUGAUUGAUUGUCUGAAUAUAUACUAGAUGGGCUUCCUUGAAAUACUAAUACUACAGACCUUGAUAAAAGUCUGUCUAUACUUAUACCUUUAUAUACUGGCAUGUGGAACUAGGAACCGUAACUCUUGUCAUACUUUGUUCUAUAUACAUGUAAUGAGAUUUUUAACCCACCAUCUAUUCAAAUAGAUGGUUGGUUAUUCAAUUCGCCCUGCGUCCGUGGUCCGUCGUCUGUCCGUCCGUCCGUAAACAAUUCUUGUUACCGCUAUUUCUGGAAAAGUACCGGAUGGAUCUUUCUCAAAUUUCAUAUGCAGGUUCCCCUUGGUCCCUAGUUGUGCAUUUUACCUUUUUUGAACUGAUUCGCAUUCAAGAUGGCCGACAGGUGGCCAUCUUGGAUUUUGGAAGUAAAAGUUUGUUACCGCUAUUUCUGGAAAAGUACUGGAUGGAUCUUUCUCAAAUUUCAUAUGCAGGUUCCCCUUGGUCCCUAGUUGUGCAUUGUACCUUUUUUGAACUGAUUCGCAUUCAAGAUGGCCGACAGGUGGCCAUCUUGGAUUUUGGAAGUAAAAGUUUGUUACCGCUAUUUCUGGAAAAGUACUGGAUGGAUCUUUCUCAAAUUUCAUAUGCAGUUUUUCCUUGGUCCCUAGUUGUGCAUUGUACCUUUUUUGGACUGAUUCGAAUUCAAGAUGGCCGACAGGUGGCCAUCUUGGAUUUUGGAAGUAAAAGUUUGUUACCGCUAUUUCUGGAAAAGUACUGGAUGGAUCUUUCUCAAAUUUCAUAUGCAGUGUCCCCUUGGUACCUAGUUGUGCAUUGUACCGUUUUUGGACUGAUUAGAAUUCAAGAUGGCCGACAGGUGGCCAUCUUGGAUUUUGGAAGUAAAAGUUUGUUACCGCUAUUUCUUGGAAAGUACUGGAUGGAUCUUUCUCAAAUUUUAUAUGCAGGUUCCCCUUGGUCCCUAGUUGUGCAUUAUACCUUU